CACGUGAUAAUUUAGGGAAAGAUGCUUAACGCGUACACACUGUAAGAUACGCGGGUUAGUGUUGUUCUCGUGUUGUUCCACUUUUUCAUUUAUGAGCCUUUACCACCAUUCAAGAAACGAACGAUAGACGUACAAACACAUAUGACGGAACGAUCCUAAGUCUCCCGUGAUUAGCUCGUAAACAUGCCAGCAAGGGUACUGCAAACCCGACAAGAAGCAGGUCCUUCGAGAAGUGUCAGAGAAACGCCUGAUGCAUCUUCACGUCGAACGACAGUUCCCAAAGCUCGACCAGGACAGGCUGUUGCAUCAUCAAGGACGGUGGCUAGCAGCUCUUCCGCGAGCAGUGCGACUGAUAAGCCUAAAGUAGCUGCUACUUCAACAUCUCGUACAACAGACCCUCGAAGCAGCAAGUCAGCUCCUCAAGAUGCAUUACUGGAAGAUCUGUCGAAACCGUCUAGAUGCAGAGGGGAGCAGGUCCAAUCGCUGCUUCUCCUACUGAAUUCAUCUACAGACGCCUUGAAUGUUCGAAUAUUUCACAAAGAUUCGAUAUGCGGUACACAACAAACCGAUGAACAAAAUGAUAAAGAAGCAGCCAAGCGGGUCCUCAUUGCAAAACAAGUGGUCAAUAGUAUCAUCAAUGCACUCAAUGAUCUUGUCACAUCUUCUUGGAAGCCAGAAAAGACCAAGGAAGCGGAUGGUGCUUCACCACAGCCCACCCUAUCCUCCUCUCGACCUUCAUCGGUAGAAAGUAUGAAAAAGCAUGCAAGCACUUCUGCAAGACCGGUGCAAUCUUCACAGAAGAGCAAGAUGUCUACUACCGACACAAAAUCGACAUCAAAGCUUAACAUAUCGUCAGACAAUGUGACAGCGCUUCUUGAUUGCUUUCGAAUCGCCAUAGAAUACCUACUCCAAAAGCUACCAAUCGAAAAAAGUAAAGAGAUUGAAGGAAUACGUUUGAGUGUGAUCCGGAAAGUAGUCGCACUGGAACUAUUUGAGAUUGCAUCUUACGACUUGGAGCUGGUACGGAUUGCGAAAAAGCUCAGUGCAUCACAGCAACGGACUGGGCAUACAGACUGCUUUCUAUUAGACGAUUCUGCUGUGAGGGAGAUAUCCGAUCCGGGUUCAGCGAUUACUCUGCUCGAAAUACAAUGUCUAUCAUUUGUCACCUCAUUAUCGCUGGCUUCACGAACCAAAGCCUCAAAAAUGCUCCAUGAUGCCGUCGAUCACUCCAAUGGCCCACUGAGAUUGCAAUGGAGGAUACGGAAAGACUUGAAGGACAAGGUAGACGCAAAAGCGGUUGAUCGACAUGCAUACACGAUUGAAAGGGCUAUAUCAAAGCUCAUCUCUGCGCAAGGAGAGGAAGAGCCAGAGUUUACCUUCGCUUGUAGAAGUGCAUCGCUGAAGUUCCUCCAAAGCGUUUCAGACUUGGACUUGAGCGCAUUUUGGGAUCGGGCUGCAAGGGUGGGUAUCUCGCAUUUCCGAGCCACAGCUGAUGAUGAAGGGAAGUUCAAGGUAUUUGAGCAAAUCAAUAAUCUCUUUAAACAAUUGACAAAAGAUGGUGAAAAGUAUGGAUCGAUGUACAAUCACCCUCCACAAGACAUCUCUUCAAGCAAAGAAUACAAGACUUUUCGUGAUACUUGGCAGCAUCUUGCUCGUAAGGCUGGAAGCGUUUGUCAUCGACUAACGUCUGAGCCGCUGCGAGCCGAAAAGGCAUAUCUGGAGGCCAUCCAGAAUAUAGAUGAUUCGAUUUGGCAAAGUAUUAGCGAAAAGGCAGGCAAAAUGCCCAUCUGUUAUUUAUUUCAGCUCGAGGUAAUGAAUGACAAAGAUGGUGUUCGUACUCCCUUGCAAGAUACCGGCCGAUUGAUCAAAGUGGUGUUGGAAUUGCAAAUAUAUGAGCUGCUUCGGUUCCAGAAAGGAGAGCGAACGAUUUUUGAUACCCUGGCAGCAAUGCAAAGUGCCGCCGUCGAAGCUCUCCCGAGUGUAAUGGAAAUGUGCAUGGAAAUACUCGAUCAUACAAUUCAUCGUGAAGAGGGUCCGAGAGCACUUGAUGUCGUCCUGAACCGUUUGUUGGAGUAUUAUGACGAAAAGACGAUGCCAUUGCGAAGAGCGCGUGUUCUUCUCCGUCAAAUAGAGCGUCACUUGUUUUACCCUCGUGACGGCGAUGCGUUCAACCAAGCCAAGGUGAUGAUGGAAGAGGUUGCUUCGUUGUUGGGAAAGAGUGAGAUUGGAAAAGAUGUUGGAUUGCUGCGGUACAAAUCUCAAUAUUCUUCAACGCUCAGCUUGCUUUGGGUCAUGUUGGACAUGCGUCAAUCACACGACUCGGAAUCGAUCAUUAGUCAUCUUCAGAAAGGGGUACAUUCGCUGACAGAAGCACUCCCACCAGACACUAAAAAGGAAGUUGCCAAAGGUGAUGAUGCUUCAAACAAAAUAUUGCGAAAGACGAGCGCUCCUCGUCAAGUGAACGUUCGUGAACCCAAGACUCCACCAUCACGAUCACAAGAACAAAAGAAUUACAAAGCAGUUACGACGAUUGUGCAGAAAACAGAGUCAGAGAUUUCAUCAACACAGAAACAGAAUCAGUUUGAUAAUGUGGAUCGCUUAUUGCGUCUCCUAGAAUGGUCUCAAGGCUGCGAUGCAUGGCACGGAUCAACAGUUGUGAGCGUACAGGUCAACAAAGUGGGUCGCCGUAUCACCAAAUUAUUGGGAACGGCUGGCAACGAUAGACAUCUGGUCUUUUCUGCCAAUCUGAUUGCUCAAUAUACGUCUUUAGGACAAUACAAGCUUGCCAGUCUGAUUGUUCGUGAGGUUAAAAAUGUCGAACAUGCAGGAGGUGAAGCCUGGGCCCGCUUUACACUAGCAGAAGCAGAUUUGCAGAGUCAUGUAGGACAAAUGAAGGAGAGUAUAGUCACCUUUGACAAAGCCGUUGAGAUCUUGGAGCACCUAGAUCCGAUCGAAAAGUCAUCUGGUCUACAAAGCGCCCUGCAACGUAUCUCACAUACGGAAAUGCAAGCAAGUGCAUUUCGUACAUUUGGUCAAAUUCACUCGGCAAAAGGUAAUCUGACCGCAGGCUUGCAAGCAGCUAUUGAAAGUGUGAAGUUGUCGAUGAAGAGUGGUACUAUGUUAGCCCGCCUUUCCGCAAAGAAGGAUGAAGAUGAAGCAAAUGCUUCUCCUUUCGUUGCACAGCAACAACACCAACCGCAAGCAACUUCGCCCGUCCAAAAAGCCAGCAAUCGAAAAUCAUCGCCGAAUCUACGUUUCUCUUCCCCACUUUUGGCUAUGUUACAUGUUCGAAUGGUGAAAGCGUUGCAUGAAUCGUACAUUCUUGUUAGCAAAAUUCAUUGUAUUCGUGGAUCCGCACGGGAUGCAGAAGCAUUUGCUACAGAAUGUGUCGAAUUUGAUGCACAUGCUCAAACGCCCGCUCUCCAUUCUUUCGCACUGCUACAUAGAGCUUCCAUUAGAUUACGAAUGGGUCAAGCACAGGCUGCUACAGAUGAUGUCGAAGCUGCGAUUGUCUUGAUCGAUUCUCAGCAUGAUACAAUCAUUCAUGCUACUUUGGCAUUCUUGCAAGGCGACCAACACUUUAAGCUGCAAUCCUUUGCUGAAGCAAUGAACCAAUUCGGUAAAGGUCAAAAGAUCUUGUCAAAGAUUGACACUGCAUUUGCAGCGGAGAACAAAAAUCCAGACGAGGUAAUGGAAGCAGCGUUACCCACUUUGAAAGCUUUGUUGAUUCGAAGGCAAGCUUGGCUGCUGCAUAUUACUGGUGAAGAAGAAGCGUGUGAACAGAUGUUGGAUUCGGCAAAGUUGUCCGGAUAUCAGCAGGAUGCUGGCGAGACGGAUGUUUUGCGCGGGAAGAUUGCAAUCCAACAAGCUCUCGCAAGUCUCAAACGGGAUCCACAAUUAGAUCUUUUACCAGACGCAACCAUCUCUCUUCCCUCGGUAUUGAAAGGAUUCGCUACAAGACCUCGACAGAAAGAAUCCUAUUCCAGCCCCCGCAAGAAAGAGGCAGGCAAAGCUGCAUUUGAACAUCUUCGGAAUGCUUCGAGACUCUUUGAUCGAGUAGUCGAUCAAGGCAACACAGUCUCUAGUACUGCACUCCAGGAAGCUCUUGUGCAGAAAACCAUUUGCACAACGCUUUUGGCAACGUUGACUUCCAGCAUGAACAUGCAAGCUCAAGGAGCGCAAUUACAAGCCAUUACUUUGGAGAGGGAGUUGGACGAGGUGAUGGAGAGCAAAUUGGCUGGAUCAAAACGUUUUGGCAGUAGUCAUGGCGGAUCUGUGAAGAUUUGGCCGCGUUUUGUGAAUGCGAGUGCAGCUCCGAAGAGCAAUCUUAAAAAGGGAGCUAUGAUAAAGAGCAAGGCAAUCAGCACAGAUGAGGAUUCAAGUGAAAGUGAGUCAAUUGACGCACCUCUUAGAGCACAUUGGCAAGCAUUGAAAGAUCGUCGAAAGGUGUCCUUGCAGGAGGGUCAAGGGUUACCUUCUCAUUGGACUGUCGUAUCCAUCUCCUUUGCUAGAGAGCGAAAUUGCAUGCUCUUGACACGUAGAGAUGGUGGUCAAGAAGGCCAAAGUAGCCUGUACAGCAUCCCGGUUGAUCGACAAAGUCGUCGGGAAGGUGAAGAAGAGGAAGACACAAGUACGGUGGAUGCAAUCCUAGAACAAUUGCGUCAAAUCAUCGCAGAGAGUAACGAAGCAACUCAUUCGGCACAAAAUCUACAGAGCCUAGAUGCACGAAAAGCUUGGUGGACAAAGAGACGAUUGUUAGACGCAAAGUUGAAGGCAUUGUUGUGUGUUGUCGAAAAGACAUGGUUGGGAGCGUUCAAGAGUGUUCUCUUGGAGAGCCUUUCGAGCUCGGAGGAAAAUAAAGCUUUCUUGCAGAGCUCCUUACAGGCAGUCUUUGCCAAGUCAUGUGUCAGCCAAUCGGUCAAAGGUCGGAAAGCAAGCAAGCAAGAUAUAUCUACAGAGAUUGAUGAUCAGAUUUUGGAAAGGUUCUGUGCAUUGAAAGCAAGUGAUUGUACAGAUGAAGAGUUGGAGGAUCUGGCUCAUUAUGUGAUAGACGCUUAUCAAUGCAGAGGAAUUCCCAUUGCAGUGGAUGAAGUGGAUAUGGACAUUUGCGUAACAGACAUCCGAGCAGCGCUGGAGUCCUACCGCGCUCGUGUAGUGCAAGAAGAUCAUGAGGAUGCAAAGGACGAUGAUCACCACUUAUUCUUGAUUUUGGAUAAGGACAUGUGUGCAAUUCCUUGGGAAAGCAUGCCAUGUCUGCGAGGCAAAGCAAUUUGUCGAGUUCCAUCAAUGGACUUCCUUUUUGACCGUUUGCAAAUGGCUCCUGAUGGUCAGUUCACGAUAGAUUCUCAAAAGACUCGCUUGUCCUACGUGCUCAAUCCUAGUCAAGAAUUGAUUCGUACGCAAGAGAGGUUUUUGCCAUUGCUACAAAAGAAUGUCACGCCAUCGUCAUCGUCCAUCAGCUCGGUUCAGCAAACGCCAUCAAAUCGAACACAAAGACCUUCUCUGUUAGAUGGGAUGAAUUAUAGCUUGCCAACAAAACCCAAAUGGAGAGGAAUCGUUGGACGCACGCCGAUCUUGGAUGAAUUUGCACAUGCAUUAGAGUCAAACGAUAUCAUGCUCUAUUUCGGUCACGGUGGAGCGGAACAAUACAUUCGUACAUCUAGAUUGCGAUCCCUGAUGCGUUGCGCUGUGACAAUGUUAUGGGGUUGCAGCAGUGGAGUUUUAAGGGAGAUGGGCGACUUUGAGCGGAGUGGAACUCCCAACAACUACAUGUUGGCAGGUUGUCCUUCGUUGGUGGGUAAUCUUUGGGAUGCAACCGAUAAGGAGUUGGAUGGGAUAAGCGAGAACGUCAUGAAGUUAUUCGGCCUGAUUACCGAUCAAGUGAAUGAGGCACCACCGAAAGGCGUAUCUUUGGCUAAAGCGGUCGCGCAAAGUCGUGAUGUUUGCAAGCUACCUUAUUUGACUGGAGCAGCAUGUGUAGUAUAUGGUAUGCCAGUCUACUAUCGAUAGAACAAUCAAUAGAUGUAUGUACUUUUACUUCAUUAUACCACG